CACAGGUGUGUGUGGGCUACUUCGUGACUCAGCUGCAGACUCGGGGUCUGCAGCAAUCACUGAAAAGGACUUAGUCCAUCGGGCCAUUGCGCUUUGGAAUAAAACCAUAUCUUUGAUUGAAUUAUGAGAGUCUGCGUUUGAAGGGCUACGACGAUGUUUUCAACAGCACAGUCCUGACGAGGUUUUCCAAUAAGAUGCAAGGAUCAGGGCCCUUAAAUGGAUACUUCUCUAAAUUACAGUUCUGCACUUGACAAGGACAUGAUGACUUACAGCCCUUUUUGGAAAUACUGCAGCAUUUAUGUGCAGUGUUAAAAAUGUCUCAGUGGAUGGACUGCAACUCUGUUAUAUACUAAAAAUAGUAUCAAAAUAUAAAUAUAGACAUAGAAAGAAUAACGAUGAAUGUGAUAAACCCUUUAUACUGACAUUUGAGAGAAGGGUAGAGCAUUAAAGCUGAAAAACUGGAAAGAGUUCAUAGUUCUUCCUCAGCCUGCAAGAAAAACAAUAAAAGGCCCAUGGGUAAGUAAAACCUGUGCUGUACAUCACAGAUCAGAGGGAAGUGACUGACCCUCUGCCUCCCUGACCCAGAGAUGAGUGUUCCUCAGCCCAUUGAGGGUCUCCCUGUAAGGGGGAAAAGUGGACCCAGCUUGAGGCUCCCUCUUCACAGUGGAGGAGACCACAACGGGAAUGCCUUCCCUACUUCCUCUUCAUCGUCCUCCUCCUCCUCUUCUUCCUCCUGUCGGGGGAAGUCGUCUCCCGAGUCGGUGCGCAGUCUGAGCAGCCUCAGCGCCGGCCGGACGGACAGCCCCCUGGACUACGACAUGUUGGAGGUCACCUUGAUGACCACAGUGAUGACCAAAACGGACAAAAUGACAGAUGCUGUAAUUUCAAAGUGGGCGCCAGAGGAGGAGGGUAAACCGGGUUACAAUGAUGACUUCGCGGUGGGAAAGGCACAAACCGCAGCAGAGCUGUCACAAUCCAACAACAACUCUGUGUCUGUUUACCUGGACGCCAACAGCAGCGAAUACCAAGACACCUGGAACGAUAAUGAAAACCUGACGCUGUCCCUGACGACAGACAGCGGCGGCAGCCAUGGACAUAAUGCUGACCUCAGCUGUGGAAGCGGUAACGGAAGAAGGCGUGGCUCCUCAACUCCAGACUCGGAUGCAACAGAAAUCCCUGCGGAUGAGGAUGAUGAUGAUGAUGAUGAUGGCGACGAAGCUUUGUUUCUGUCUGUGAGCUCUGAGAUGGGUGUGCGCAGAAGCAGCACGACCCUCACGAGCUUAACCAGUCAGUCCAGUGACAGCCUCAUGAACCCAGCCGGCUGUGUUGUGACGACUGAGCACCACAGUGUGGCUGCAAGUGGAGCUGAUGGUGAAAGGUCAGAGCUGGUGUUGGAAGGGCCCGAGGUUGCCUUUCCCCUUGGUCUACCAAAGGAAAACCAGGCCGAGCCUCUUCUGUCUGAAGACCUUAGAGAAACCACCCGGGUAUCAACAUCUUCGCCCUCUUCUGCCAGUCCAGUUCAAAAUGCUACGGAGGUCGCAUCUCCUCCACCUGAGGAAGAUGAAAGAUGUGCAGUGGGCCCAAAACCCACACGAAUGAAUACCGGUCAGCCAGCCAGAGCAGCAAAAAACAAACCAACCACUGCUACUUCAGCUGCUCCCAAAACAUUGAGCUCCGCUGACAUCAUACCGAGCAGUCUGAACGCAAAGAGAGUUUCCAAAGUGGACCUAAAAAAUGUCAAGGCUAAAGUUGGAUCGUGGUCCACCCAGUCUCCACCUGAAACACCCAGCCAGCAGAACAGAUCUGCUCCAGCCAAUGGAAAGAGAGGUGCUCCUAGGAAGGAGGAAGCGCAGACUGGAGACGGGGCUAAAAAGCAAAGGUCGGCUGCAGUUUCCGUCAAAGUGGCGGCGGUGCCGAAACCCAUCAGAGGAAAGAGCGGUAACCACAAGACGGCGGCGAAUGACUCGGCUCUGCCGGAGAAGAGGAGUGCGGCCGUCAAUCGAAUACGCUCUACUUCGACCAGCUCUCUGGGGUCUGAGGUGGUUGAGGAAGGACGGCCGGACUCUCCCAGGAAGGCAGUCCAGGAAGUGCCUGAUAAAAAUAAAACAACUGAACGUGAGGAGACUUCACAUCCAAGUGAAGACGCUCAUGAAGAGUCUGCGGAGGACCAAAGGGAGGCUACUGGAAAGGCUUUAAUGACGGAGGCCGCUGUGGAUAAACCAAAGAAUCAUAGCAGGAAAGUCUCAUCCAAGCUGGGGCCCAAUGCCAGGCAGCAGGGUAGAGGCGCCAGAGUGGAUAAGGGGUCCUCGGGAACGGCUCCACCUCCAGGGUCAGGGACCGCGCCUCCGGAACAGGGGAGCCCCGGGCCCAGGCAAACUAAGAGUAUCGGCUCCACAUUGGCAGAGAGUGGACAGAGCGCCGGGAGUGGAUCUCCAACGAGAGUGAGGCAGAGGCAAAGUCAGUGUCAGGGUAUCCCCAAACUUCGCACCACCGCAGAGCGAGCAUCUGCAUUGGCUGCCCCGGGUCCCGUGUUGUCCAACUCAAAACCAACAGCCAAUCAGCAGCCAGCAUCUGCGUCACUUGGACGACCUGCCUCAUCCCCUGUGUCCAAACUUCCUGUUAAGGGAAUACCCACAAGCCUCAGUUCAUCGUCACUGGGAAACAACGAGAACAAUGGAGGCAAAGUGUCGCCAUCAUCUCCAGGAGCUCCAGCACCAACGGGGACCAAGCCAGAUGACCGGAUCAGCAGAAGUACACUUCCUGUGUGCAGCCAGAGCACGGCAAACCCCGUCAUCUCCAGCACUGCAGCUACCACCAACACCAAUACUCCCAGUCCCGCAGUUACCAGCGCUAACAGCCCUGUCCCUGCUGCUCCAAAGCCUCCUGCAAUGAGGAGCAGAGCUCUGUCACUGCAGGCCAGGACCACUGCUGCAGGUCUGAAGACAGUCGCCAACAACAGCACAGCUAAGACAGCAUCUGCCAAUCAAGCAGCAGCAAAGACCGCUCCUUCUGCCAAUCAGGGGCCGACGAAGCAAGCAUCCCAGUAUCCCUUGCAAAGAAGCGGAUCGGCGAGACUCAGUCGACUGAACAGCACAGUGGACAAAAACAACCCCCGGGAGGUUCCGGCAAGACCCGCAAACACCAACAGCAGCUCCCAGCUAGCGGAGCCUGCAGGAGGAAACAACCAGAACCAGCAACAACCUCCACCUGACCAGAUACCGGACGUGGUGAACGCUAAUGCACCAGUGACGCCGAUUCUCCCAGUACCUGCCACUGAUACCACCAACACUGGGUCAGGCACCAAUGGAGCCUCUGGUCUGGGGUUCAAAGCAAGAACAGGCUCACGAUCCAGCCCCAAAACAGGAUCCCGUCUACAUAAUGCAUUCAAGCCUAACUCAGUCAGGGCUGCGGUGGCUGACGGGACGGUCACGACUAAACAGCACCAGAGCAAAGAGCAGGCAGAGAAGAAGAACCAGGCCAUCAGCCAGCUGAGGAAGCUGCUCGUCCAGGGGAAUAAAAGAGUGGAGGCUCUGGCUACAGUCAUCCAACAUCUCUUCACUGAGGUCUGUCUGGCUGAACUGCGCGAGGACGCCUUGAAGCAGAAGAAGGCAUUGUCGCUGGAGCUGGCAAACCUCCGAGACGAGCUGGUCGCGUCGUCGCAGUGCUGCAAGCAUCUGGAGAAGGAGAAGGAGGAGGUGCGCGUCAGCUUGGAAGAGGCCCUGAGGAGGCUGGAGGAGCAGCACAAGGGGGAGCUGGUGCAGCUGGAGGACAGAUUGAGGAGUUUUUACCAGACAGAGUGGGACAAAGUCCACCAGACGUACCAGGAGGAGGCUGACAAAUGCCGCAUGUUGAUGGAACAGCAGGUGGAGGAGCUGAGGAGACGACAGGAAGCUGAGAGGAACAGCCAGGAAGUGAGUCACAGCCAGAAGAUGGAGUCUCUCAAACUGCAAUAUGAGACCUCCAUAGAAGAGCUGAAAAGGAUCCAGCAGACAGACCUGGAGAACCUGGAGAGAACACUGAAGGAGACUGAAACUUCUCUCUUUGAGAAAGUAUCUGAGCUGUCAGCAGAGAAGGAGGCUCUGAAUGAGAAGCUGAAAGCAGAGGAGGAGAGGAGGAAGGCUGUACUCGGUGACAAGAAUCUGAAGGACUCCUACACAGUGUACCUGGAGCAGGAGCUGGAGAGUCUUAAGGUGGUGCUGGAGAUCAAGAACAACCAGCUGCACCAGAAGGAGAAGAAGCUCAUGGAGAUGGACAAACUGGUGGAGACUAAUGUGAAACUGGGUGAGUGUCUGAAGAAGGUUCAACAGGAGAACGAGGACUACAAGGCCAGGAUGGACAAACACGCUGCUCUCUCCAAGCAGCUGUCCUCUGAACAAGCCAAACUCCAGCAGACGCUGCAGAAAGAGUCCAAGGUCAACAAGCGUCUGUCCAUGGAGAACGAGGAGCUGCUGUGGAAGCUGCACAACGGCGACCUGCUGGGGAGUCCCCGCCGCCUCUCACCCACCUCACCCUUCAGCUCGCCAAGGAACUCUGCCUCCUUCCCCACAGCUGCACCCUUAUCGCCCAGAUAACCCCAACAGCAAAGGACAACCACUUCCUCUCCUCUGACUCCCCGAUUCUCCUCAUCACCUUUGACAAGCCUCAAAAAGAUGGAAGCUGUUCCAAAUACAGAGAGAGACUUCACGCAGCAGUGUUGUUGGACAUUAAUGAUGGACUUGUACAUUUGGAAUAAAUUGCUUUAAAGACGUUUAUUUUGAAAAAAACGAAAAGACGACUGCAGUGGCACCGAUGCACUUCAAGCUGAGCGUGGGAGUGGCCUUGCUCUCCGUAAGUCUCUACCUAAUGCCUGGAUCUCCAACAAACCUUUCUUCUUUUUCUGAAGAAAACAUUGGCAGGCACACCUCAGGGUCUGUACAUAGCGCCUCACUCUUGUUAUGACUAUCCUUGCCUUUUCCCCUUAUGUUGUAGAGUUAAAGCUCAUUCUGUUCUCUGAUGCCCCUCUUUCUGAAGAGGCGCAUGAGAAAGAACGUUGGAUUUUCGGUGUAUGCAGGUCUGGGGGAAACCGACCCAAAGUUGUUUGGGUCUGGAAAUUCUAAAAUGACGGGUACUUUUUGGUGCAUAAGCAGGACUGUUUUGCCUUCUCCCUUCUUUUAAAGAGGAUGCCCCCCCCCCCACCCCCCACCCCCAAAGAGCGAAGAUCAAUCACUGAUUGCUUUGGAGCUCUGGAAGUGGAUGAACUUGAUGUCCCACUGUGGGCAAACAGGAACACGUUCAGGUUGUUCAUUUGAGGAGCCGACCUGAAUUACUGACAUGAACCUUUUUAAACCAAUGGAUAUGUUUCUCUGUGUGAGCUUCUCACAACCUCUACCUUAAUCUAUGUGGAAUGUAAUCACCCUUGGAUGUUAAAUCUGAGCAGGCCAGUUCAGACACACACACAUCUCAGAGCCAGUUUAUUUAUUAAGGAUGGUGUUAGCCAGGACAGUGUUGUACCCCACACCUUUACGUUUUACCUUAAAUCAGUAACAAAUAAAUAUGAUUCCCCACAUCCUCUAAAGUCACCUUGUUACCCAAACACAAACAAAGCAAAGCUGAACUAAUGACGGAUCAAAUAAUAUCUGCCUUUGCUUUGGAUCACACAUGAAAUGACCAGAUCCACCAGUGAUCAUUUCCACAGAGAAAACUCCCAGACUCUCUUUAACUGACAGAUUAUUCUGGCGUCUGUUUAACUGAAUCCAAAAAAAUAGUUUCACUUUGUGUGUCUGGUGUUUGUCCAGAUGAAACGGAUGUACCCAAAUUGCCUCAGUGUACCAUGUUCUGUUUUAUUUUGGACAGAGAAUAAAUGCAAUAUGACAUAAGAUUAA